AUGGUGUGUUUGUCAGUCUCAUGGUUAAGCAGGGCGAAUUCUCUUUUGGCCGAAAGAGACACACUGCAAUUGAAACUGUCGAAUACUUUGAGGCAGUUGGAAGCGAAGAAUGUUCAAACGGGAGGUUUAGCUGAAGCUACACCUGUAACGGGAUACUCAACGUCACCAUCUGAAAAUGUGGCCUAUACCUCAGUUGCGGGUUCGACUGGGGGCAUAGCUGCUGAUGAUGAUUUGAAUGAAAAGCUUUCCCAGCUACAAACUGUCAGCCAUUCCAAAGACAAGGUUAUCAAGGAAGAACGUGAACAACGUAUACGCCAAAUUGAGAAAUUACAACAGGAUGUUGCCAAAAUGCCACCAGCUGCCGUCUCUGAAUUAAUUGGAACCGAUUUAUCUCAAGCAAAUCAAUCACCUUCCACGGUUUUAUUAAACUGGCUUUGGGGCAGCAAGGGUGGCAAUACUGGUGGUUCCCCAUCAGGUUUCUAAAUUAACCGCGCUGCAAUAUCUUAAUUUCUAAACCAAUUACGGUGGCUUAUUAUCGCACUUGAUCAGUUCCCGAUUGAUUCGAUUUCUUUAAUGUGUGUGUAAAUAUUAGAUAAAAAAUAAAACGUAUCGUCUUAAUUUCUAAUGAAUUAAUCUUAUAUUCCUAAUUUUACUAUUAUUUUUUGUUGUUUUUGAUUAAGAUGCAAUUACUUGCGAUUUCAAUAAAUUAUUAUUAAGUAAUUUGCAUUCAUCCAUUUAUAUUCAAUUUAUUAUAGAAAACUAAUUCUUUUCUUGUAAUAUUUUAUUAAGUUGUAAGUGUAUAUGUAUAAUAAUUAAUAAAUGAAAAAAAAAAAUCACAAACAAAUAUGCUACUAAAUAUUUAUAAAUGAGUGAUGAAGUAAACAAAAAAAAAUAAACUAAUAAACCCGUUAUUUAGUGAAAAUAUCAUUAGUAUAGUUAUUGAAAAAAAGCAAAUAAACAUUGGUAAUAAUAAAAUGUUUUAGUAUUUAAA